UCCGCUGGCCAUUUGCGUUGUUUCUAAGCUUGUGUUCAUGGUGAAGUGAGUCCGUACGACUGUACGAUGAUUUUGAACGUUAAUUUACCAACUUCGUUUGUAAUGAAGUAAAAACAACUUUAGGAUUUGCGUUGAGGAGUGAUCUUAUUCGUGAAAACAGUGCAAUAUCUGCAUGGUCGCUUGCGCAAACUAACGUGGUAGUGAGACGGAUCAUCUGGCCCGCUUGUGGCUGUCGGACGUCACUGACCAGCAGCCGCAAACUUUAACAAAAUGGGGAAAAACCGUAAAAAACGUGGAAAAGGAAUACAAAAUGCUCAACUUCCAGGACCUGGACCUCAGCAUGGGGUGCGUCCUGCAGCACCCGCUCCUCCACUGCCUAAAAAUUGCUGGUCCAGGCCUCCUCCCCGUCGCGGCGGGUUUCGCGGUCCCACUCCUCGUCACCCGAUGGGUCCACCGGGGCAGAGAUUUCCUGGGCCCCCUCAUGACUUCGGACCGAAGCCCUCGAAAAUGAGGAAGAUGGAUAAUAUGGCAAAGCACAGACAGUCAGUGAGUGUACAUAACAUGCCUCCCCCCGGUAAAGCCUGUCCACCCCAAUCUCAGAAGAAAAAAGAUCAGCUGGCAUCGAAAGACUCCAAGAUCGAACCUUCCAAGACGAUGGCACCAAAGUUGGCAAUGUUCAAGAAUAUUUCAGCAAACACUCCCCAUGGACGCUCAUUGGGAGUCAUUUCAUUUAUUGGUAAUUACGGUGGUAUCAUUGAACGGGAGGAUCUGAAGAAAUUUUCGUUUGUCUUUGAUGCCUUUAUUGGAAAGAGAUCAAACCUGGUGCCUGGGGUUAAAGUGCAUUUUACUACACUGAAAAAUCUGGGAAAAGAAUGUGCGGUUGAUGUGAAAGUGGCCCCAAGAGGAACAGAGGACAUUGGCAAUACAGUGUAUGAGGGUGUUGUUACUACGGCCCUUCCUGAUAACAUGCCUCCCCCCGGUAAAGCCUGUCCACCCCAAUCUCAGAAGAAAAAAGAUCAGCUGGCAUCGAAAGACACCAAGAUCGAACCUUCCAAGACGAUGGCACCAAAGUUGGCAAUGUUCAAGAAUAUUUCAGCAAACACUCCCCGUGGACGCUCAUUGGGAGUCAUUUCAUUUAUUGGUAAUUACGGUGGUAUCAUUGAACGGGAGGAUCUGAAGAAAUUUUCGUUUGUCUUUGAUGCCUUUAUUGGAAAGAGAUCAAACCUGGUGCCUGGGGUUAAAGUGCAUUUUACUACACUGAAAAAUCUGGGAAAAGAAUGUGCGGUUGAUGUGAAAGUGGCCCCAAGAGGAACAGAGGACAUUGGCAAUACAGUGUAUGAGGGUGUUGUUACUACGGCCCUUCCUGAUAACAUGCCUCCCCCCGGUAAAGCCUGUCCACCCCAAUCUCAGAAGAAAAAAGAUCAGCUGGCAUCGAAAGACACCAAGAUCGAACCUUCGAAGACAAUGGCAUCAAAGUUGGCAAUGUUCAAGAAUAUUUCGGCAAACACUCCCCGUGGGCAGUCAUUGGGAGUCAUUUCAUUUAUUGGUAAUUACGGUGGUAUCAUUGAACGGGAGGAUCUGAAGAAAUUUUCGUUUGUCUUUGAUGCCUUUAUUGGAAAGAGAUCAAACCUGGUGCCUGGGGUUAAAGUGCAUUUUACUACACUGAAAAAUCUGGGAAAAGAAUGUGCGGUUGAUGUGAAAGUGGCCCCAAGAGGAACAGAGGACAUUGACAAUACAGUGUAUGAGGGUGUUGUUACUACGGCCCUUCCUGAUGGCAAUGUCAAGGAGCCUAAUCCUGGCUGCAUCAGGACCAUUCUCUCUGUGGAUCCCAUUAAACUGCCCUUCGAAAAGCAGGACACCAAUGUGACUCUUCUACUGUAUGAUCGUGUGGAGUUCCAGUUGCUGACAGAUCUUAUUACUAAGGAAAAAAGGGCCACAAACAUCAAACCAAAAACACCAGAGACUUUUCAGUUUACCAAGGAAAUCAGGGAGAUGGGUGUGAUCAUAAACAAAACUGAUGGAACCUUGACCAUUACGACAGAGAAACAUAAUAACCUGACCGCUUCGGCUGCUGACAAUUUAUCUGAAGAUGAACUGAAUGCCAUGGAUGAAGUGGAGCUCACCGUUAUAACCGUGGACGACACAAAGAAGGCUGUCCGACUCAAAAAGCUACCUGUGGGCUCAGUGACCUUUAAUCAACAAGCAAAUGGCACUGAAAAUAUUUCUGGAGUAAAGGACAAAAUGCCUGGCACUGCCCCAGUCAAAGACAAGUUGAAUCCGGUAACCUCGGAGGCUGGUUCUCAAGAGUUGGUCGACCUCUACGAUGUGAGCAGUGAGAAAUACGAGGGAACGAUUGUCAAAAUCGUGCCAAAGAAUUCCAAAACCCAAGAAAUGGUGCAGAUGGACAAGCAAGAGCCUGCUUUUGGUCUUCUGGUUACAAAAGUGGAGGGCACAGAGAAGUGCUUUUCUUUUAAGUCAGGUGACGUGAUCACAAAAGCCACCAUGAUGGUCGGUGAUGAGGUCCAGUUCAACAUCUCAACCAACAGCAUAACCAAGGAGGAGUGUGCUGUCAACUUGGAGAUUCUGCCAGACACCUUCCAGAUGGAAUCUGAAGAGCAACGAAAGAUAGGGCUUGUUGUCAAGCUGGAUGAUAAUUCCGGGUUCGUCAAGACACAACAGGACCCCCAGAUAUUUUUUGACAUGAGUGAGGUCAUGGAAGAGACCAAACUCUCUUUGUAUGAGAAGGUUGAAUUUACGUUAGUACCGAAUGAAGCAGCUGGAGAGGGAAAUCGAGCUGUUCGAAUAAGAAGGCUGAAUGAGAGCGUCUUCUCAUCUGCACCAAAAUUAGAGGCCUUUGGGGUGAAAGAAAAGCAGAAGAAAAUGACCAUCAAAUUGCUGAAGGAUACAAAAGACUAUAUCAAAGAAGAGGUCAAAGCAGAGGACAAAAGCAGUGAAUCGAUGGAUGUAGUCAAGCUAAACAAGGAAAACGACAAGGCAUUACCACCGAUGACACUGAAGAAUCUGAAGAAGGAAAGUGAAAUGAAAAAAGAAAAAACUAAACCUAAAGGAGAUCUAGCACAGAGCAGAAGCAGGGGAAAUAGUCGACGCAGGUAUAGUCGCAGCAGGAGUAAAAGCCACAGCCGAGAGAGAAGCAGCAGCUACUACAGAAGGCGCAGAAGUUCCAGCCGUGAGAAAAUGGACAGCAGAUAUAGACGUAGUCGGAGCAGAGACCGUUCAGACAGAUACCGAUGGAGUCGCAGCAGAAGCAGGGAGAGGAGCAGUCGGAUGGCCAGGAAGAGAAGUCACAGCCCAGAUGACGGAGAUGAUCGUUACAAAAAACAAAGCAGUAUUAAAGAAAAAAUAGCCCAAAACCCUGAGGACAGUGUAAGGGAAGAAUUCUUGAGAAAAAGGAGAGAGCUAAUGGAGCUCAAAGAGUUGAUUGCACACAAGAAAGCUAUAGUCGCUAUGGAGCAAAAUGUUAAAAAAAUUGAGCCUGAGGUUGAGAUAGACAUAGAACGUGGAAUUACAACAUUUGAUUAUCAACAUGUGCAUUGGGAGAACAUGUGGAUGCCUGACCUAAAACCAGUCAAGUCCAUCUUGAAGAAACAGUCUGAACUUCCUGAUCCUCAAUCUCAGGUUUCUACAUGCAAGGAAACUGCGUUUGUAAAGAGUGAGAGUCUAGACAUGCAAAUGGGAUGCCGUCAAAGGAUAAGUGCCUUUGACUUGAAUGCUUCCCCCUACUCUAAAUUUGAAAGUGAUUCAAAGAAGAGUUUGACCACUGAAGGGUCUGAGAAGAUACCCUUACCUGAGUUUGAGGAUCCAGUGUUGGUGAGGAAAAAGAAGCGAUUAGAAGAACUAAGUGAGUCAAUAGCACGCAAAAUAGCGAUAAUUGCAGUGAAACAGAAGACCAAAGCUUUUCGGGAUGCUCCUGCAAUGGAAAAGGAAUAUGAGUUUGACUCGCACUCAGAUGACCAGUUUGUAAUGUCUAAGGAGAACUUAUGGAGCUCUGACAUAAAAACUGAUGUUCAGCCAAAGAAGUCAAUUUUGAAGAAACACUCAGAGCUUCUCAGCUCUCAGAGUGAAACAACCUCCGUUGAUUAUUAUGGUCAAGCAAGUCAAGAUGAUUUAGUUUUUACAAAACUACCUUCUCAGUCAACAGCAGCUGCUCUGUUUAACAGGUCAUCAAAUCCACAGCCUGUUCAUUCUGAUACUUUGGGCUUAUUCAACAGGCUCUUAAAAGAGUCUUUAGCAACUAUGCGUGUGACUGAACCUUCCCCUUUUAACAAGCCAGUUGUACCACAGUUAGUCAUGCAAGCAUCCAAUUUAUGGUCCCUACAUGACCCUAAACCUUCCAGCAUGUCCAAAGGUUGCAAUUCUCAAGAUGACCAGCACAGGGCAUCAUCUCGUCAGACUAAUGAGCACCCCCAUAGCAGUAACCCUUCUACAAGUCAGGCCGCUCCUUUAGAACAAAAGCGCCGCCUUACAACACAAAUGGAGCGCUUCCUUAGUGCUCUCAACAAGGCAGACUCCAGUAUAGUAAACUCAUUGUUUCAUGAGGCUAGAAAGGAUCAGGCUUUAAUGAGCACCCAGAAGCCCUCUCAACCACAAUUAAAUAUGAACAUACCCUUCAGGGAUGAGUUAUACGAUCCAUUUAAGGAAGAUGAAGACGAUGAUCAACAUCCCUUUAUAGGAAGAGGUGUGGGUAAACAUUCUGUCCGAGAACAAAUUAAAAGCCCUGUGAAAAGAGAGAGCCAUUUUUAUGACCCCAGCAAAGAUGACCACUUGUCUAAUGAGAGAGCUGUACAGGAUGGUAGUCGCUUUUCUUGGCUUAUUGGAAUGAAGGAGGAUUUUGAACCUAACAAGGAUAUAUUCAGGGAUGAGCACAAAGUGGAAGAUGUAGUCCUAACCACCCUUAAAAGAACCAUAAUGAACUUGAAGUCAACAAAAGACGCACAGAAAUCAUCCAAACCUUCAUUUGAGUCCACAACAGUUUCUCAAGUUUCAUACCAACCUGCUUCGAUGUAUGUUGUAUCCACAGCUCAACCUGGCAGUUCCCAGUAUGCUCAAAUUUCCACCAUUCCCACUUUGUCAACUUCACUAUAUUCUUACCACAGUAAUGAAAAAAAUUUGGGGGGUUCUGCCUGUCCUUUGGAUAGUAGUCAGAACACUAAUUUACAGUAUUCUGCAUACCCCUAUGGCACUGUACCUCUACCCCCUAAUCUAGGUUAUGCCAGUGCUCAGCAAGCAAUGGCUCCACAUAUGAUGUCUUCUUAUAGUUCAUACCCUACACAAAUGGACAAUCCUUAUUCUGCGCAUCCUCCACGCACCAUGCCAAUUCCCUAUGGGCUUCCACCUAUGUCCAACCCUCUCCUCUCUUCCAUGAACUCGUCCUACACUACCCUACAUGCUGGUCAAAACCUUACUGACAAAAAGACACAACCUGUUAGAUCUCUGAAAACAACAGAAACAAUAGUCACGACAGUUAAUGUUAAAGGAGAGCCAAAAGGAAUACCGAAAAAGAAAGUAAAUAAUAGACCAGCAAAAAGUUUGCAUGAGGCGGCAGAGAUGAAACUGGUCUCUACCACAAUAAAGGAUGACAUCAAGGCUAAACAGAACAAACGGACGAGGCUUCGGAGGAUUCAGCGGAGAAGAGCCAGACGAAGAUUAAAUUACAUGAAACAGGCUAUUUAAAGGAACUUUGAAGUUACAACUGACGUCAUCCAUAGAGGAGACAUGUGGGGAAGAGAUGGCUAACUUAUCUAUAAAAGACUGAUGUAGAGAGAAUUACAUCAGAUGCUGUCACGCUUGUGCAGUAUCGACGAUAUUAUUUAUUGCUGAUUUUGCCUUUGAACAUUUUUUUAUGAUUAUUUUGAUUUGUGCUUUUUUGACUUGCCUAUAUUUUGAUUGCUAGAAAACUGUAACCAAUAAAAUAUUUUUAUUGAUUACAAAAGGA